GCAAGCUUCGUCCUUAGGCUUCGCCGCUCCGAUCCUCUCCGUCCGGCGAUCGCGGCGCGUCCGGCCGGCCGGUCGGGGAUGGGGCGGUCGCCGUGCUGCGAGAAGGAAGCCGGGCUGAAGAAGGGCCCGUGGACGCCGGAGGAGGACCAGAAGCUGCUCGCCUUCAUCGAGCAGCACGGCCACGGCUGCUGGCGCUCGCUGCCCGCCAAGGCUGGUCUCCGGCGGUGCGGCAAGAGCUGCCGGCUCCGGUGGACCAACUACCUGCGGCCGGACAUCAAGCGGGGCAAGUUCACGCUCCAGGAGGAGCAGACCAUCAUCCAGCUCCACGCGCUCCUCGGCAACAGGUGGUCGGCGAUCGCGACGCACCUGCCCAAGCGCACGGACAAUGAGAUCAAGAACUACUGGAACACGCACCUCAAGAAGCGCCUCGCCAAGAUGGGCAUCGACCCCGUCACGCACAAGCCCCGCGCCGACGCGGGCGGCGCCGGCGCCGCCGCCUCCGGGGCGCGCUACAGGGCCGCCGCGCACCUCAGCCACACGGCGCAGUGGGAGAGCGCGCGGCUCGAGGCAGAGGCGCGCCUGGCGCGCGAGGCCAAGCUGCGCGCGCUCGCCUCGCCGCCACCGCCGCCCGCGCCGGCGGCCAGCGGGCUCGAGUCCCCCACCUCGACGCUCAGCUUCUCCGAGAGCGCGCUCUUCGCCGGAGCGGGCCACGACGACGCGCUCGGCGCGGCGCGCGCGCCCGCCGUCCUGACGCUGCGCUCGUACGGGGAGGCGUUCGGGGAGCAGCACAGCUUCGGUGAUGACGCCGACGCGCCAGGCGGCUUCCUUGCCGGCGUCCUUCUUGACUGUGCUGUAGCCGGCGCGGAGCAGAGGUUCGCGGCCGCGUCGGCGGACGCUAGCGUCGGUGAGCAGCAGCAGGAGGAGGACAAGGGCUACUGGAGCAGCAUACUGAAUAUGGUCAACUCGUCCAUGUCGUCGUCUUCGUCGUCGUUGACUUCCGAGGCUGUCACGGACCCGGCGAUGUACUUGCCGGCGGCGGCAGAGUUCUGAGUAGCCGUCGUGCAACAGUGAAUUGAACCUGGGCUAAUGUUACUUUGUCAUGGAUGUUCCUAGGUGUUUUGGUUGUAGUUUAUGUGCUAAUGGCUGUCGACGCGGUUUCUUUUUAGGUGCAAUAAACAUGUACUGAUUUUGUUUGUUUGUGUGUGUGUCUAUGA